AUGGCUUCACACGGUCAAUAUCCUCCCGCCCACAUGGUCUCCAACAAACAACACCACCAUGCCCCCUACGGCUCUGCUGUGGCUGUCCCUGGAGCUGCUCCAGCUGGUACCUUCGCGCCAGGCACCAAGAUCCAGGUCGGUGGCCACCGAGUUGUGAUUCAGAAAUAUCUCUCGGAAGGAGGCUUUGCCCAUGUCUACCUCGUCAAGCUAGCCAAGCCUGUUGAUGGCACCGAUCAAGCUGUCCUGAAGCGAGUUGCGGUGCCCGAUAAGGAUACCUUGCGGGGCAUGCGCAUUGAGGUUGAGACAAUGAAGCGCCUCAAAGGUCACCGACCGAUUGUUACAUAUAUCGACUCGCAUGCCUCCGAACUUCAGGGAGGAGGUUAUGAAGUUUUCCUGCUCAUGGAGUUUUGCAAUGGCGGCGGCUUGAUCGAUUUUAUGAAUACUAGGCUACAACAUCGCCUAACCGAGCCAGAGAUCCUCAACAUCUUCACCGACAUCGCUGAAGGUGUCGCGUGCAUGCACUAUCUAAAGCCACCACUGCUGCACCGCGAUAUUAAAGUCGAAAAUGUUCUCAUCACCGCCAGGGGAGCUUCCAAACGAUUUAAGCUUUGCGAUUUCGGAUCAGCAGCAUCACCUCGUCCCGCCCCCACUACCGUCACCGAAUGCCGCCUUAUGGAUGAAGAUAUCCAGAAACACACUACGAUGCAGUACAGAAGCCCCGAGAUGAUCGACGUAUACCGUAAGCAGCCCAUAAACGAAAAGGCCGAUAUCUGGGCAUUGGGAGUUUUGUUGUAUAAGCUGUGCUACUAUACCACUCCCUUUGAGGACCAGGGCCAAUUGGCAAUUUUGAAUGCCAGCUUUAAGUUCCCUAGUCACCCCGUCUUUUCCGACAGGCUCAAGAAAUUGAUAGCAUCAAUGUUGAGAGAGAACCUGCAAGAUCGACCAAAUAUUUACCAGGUGUUAAAGGAGGGAUGCGCCAUGCAAGGACGCAAUGUCCCUGUACAAGAUAUCUACAAUGGCCGUAAUCAAUCCCACGCAAGGACUGAUAGCCCCCAACCCAAGGCUCAGAAACCGGAACAGGCGCCCGCCGUAGGAGCCGUCUUCACACGAGCCGAACCUCAAAAACAGGUGAUUCCCGAUGUUGUGCCAAUGCGAAGAGGACGACCGACCGCCUCGCCGGCUUCAGGUCAGGUGGCGCAGAAGCCUGAUGUUUCUCCGAUGCGGAAGACCGAAGGAGACCCUUUCGCUGCCCUUGACUCCUCCAAAGCUGCCUCUAAAGGGUUUGAUGAAUUAUCGUCACGAUUCCCGACGUUGGACCAGUUCUCAUUAUUGCAUGAUCAUGGAUCAAAAUUCGAUUUUGAUGUCUCCUCACCUAUUUCGCCCGUAAACCCCUCUUCCGAUUUGAACCAGAGAGUGACAGCAAAGCUGGCCGAGGAGGCAUUCGCAACCCCCCAGGCCGAGUCCCCUCGCCCGAAGCCAGUUUCCAGAACACACUCAGUCACUCCUGUUGGACAUCAUGCUGGAGUCGCUUCACCUCCUCUGGAGCCUCCCUUGUCGAAGACUUUGUCUGCACCAAGCAGACCCGACAUGAGCAGGGCGCAGUCUAUCAUCAGUAACAAUCCUGAGCUGCAGGCAAUUUCUUCUCAAUCCAACUCACGAUAUGUCUCGACUGGCACGAUGACAUCAACACCGCCACCGGAGAAGUUUACUCAAGAUGUAGAACGACCUGUUCAGCACGAUAUCCACGACUAUGCUCGGUCUAGCAGCGCUACAAGGCAACCCGAACCAAGUGCAGGACAAUGGGCCGUAGAGGAGCCCCGGCCUACCUAUGUACAAAGGAUCCCAUCUUUCCAGCAGGCCAGUCACGAGCGUCAACCGUCUUCAUCUAGACCGUCACUGGAAGGUGGCCGCCCUCGUGCCGAUUUUCUGGAACCUUCAGCUCGUGCUUCGCCGGCCCCUUCGCGACCACGACCCGCCAGCACGAACCUUGAGGGUACGACUCUUGAUUUCUUGCGCGAGAGAGAGGCUGCGUCACGCUCAUCGAGUCGACCGCCUCAGGUCCCGUCCCCGUAUCAGGAGCCUGAGGACGAACCGCGGGCAUCCAGCGAUAUGGAUUUCUUGAGAAGUCUUGAAGAUUCGGAGCGCACAAAGUCCAGCAAGCGCUCUAGCUUGACUUCUCUUUCUGGUAACAAGAACAUUCUUGCAGGCAAGUUUGGGGAUGCCUUCAAGCUAUUUGAAGGUAGCUCUCCCAACAGCGGAAGAAAUCCAUCCCCACAAAGGGAGGCGGCCUAUCGUGAUCUUACUCCCAUCGCUGGUUCCGAAGCAACUGAUGGACGUAGCGAUGACGGCCAUGUCCUUGAGGAUGAGGAUCGUAUGACGCCUGAAAUGAGACGGGAAAUGGAACGAUUGAAACUCCAAGAAGAGGAGCAGCGUGUAGAAGCGGCGCAAGCCGAGUAUCGAAAGAGGGUGGCUGCUGGACAACGUGGCCCGCCAGUUCCACCAAAAAGCAUUGGGGGAGUUUCUCGUGCCGUCAGUAUCCAGAACCGCGUCCAGAGUCUCCUGAAUGAAGAUCAAAAGCCCCCCACUAUUCAAAGGACUGCCCAAGGAUACGGAAAGUACACCGACGUUCCCGAGCCUGUUAACAAGCCUGAGAAACCUCUCCCUGGCGUGUCUAAGAAGCCCUUGACUGUGGCAAAGACCCGAGUCGACGCUUCUGCAGCUCGAGGACCGUCUUCAACUUCUUCUGCCCCUCCCGCCCUUACAUCCAAGCCCCCAGCGAAACCCCCUGCCCCAAAGAAGCCAAUGCACCUCAACAGCCUGCCCACUAACCAGCGACCUGCGUCACCACAAAAACCUACGCGGGCCCAGACAUCGUCAGAGCAACUUAUUAGUAUGGAUGUUCCUGGACAGCAAAUGCUGGAUAUGACGGCUAAAGAGAAGGAUGAUUACCUACAGGAUUUCUCCAAACGGUUCCCUAGCCUGGGCUCGAUUGAGAUGGUCGAGCGAGAAAUUGGUGGUCAGAAUGGAGGAUCAAGCCGGUAA